UGAAGCAGACAGUAUAUAUCUUUACACAAUACAUAUAAAGAGAAGCAUAGAGAAAAAACAGUAAGCUUUACAAAAAAUGGGUCCAUUUUUCCCAUCAGUACUGCUUUUACAUACUAAAAUUCAAAGCUUUUUUCUCUAAAAACACGAUCCAAGUCCACCUCUUCUUCCACCUUUUUCUCCUCCUUCUUCUUCUUGAAAUUACUGUACAAUUUUAAUAGAAAUGGAGGAUCAGUAUGGAAUGGCAGAUCUAAGACAGUAUAUGAACGGAAGACAACUUUUUGCUUCUGUUCAACCACCGGAGUUGUUACCUGCUAUCACUCACCAGCACAGGAAUCUUGUCGGGCCGGGCCAUAAUCAGUACGACAUGGUUAUGGGUUUGGCCCAAGUUCCAGCUCAUGGGCUUCCUCCUCAUCACCACCAACAUCAUGAGUUUCUUCCUGAUUCAAGUACCACUGCUGCCGCCGCUGCCGCUGCUACUACGUCGAGUGCUGGGUUUAGUGGGCUGGAGAUGGAAGCAGCAGCUGGCGGCGGCGACGGAAGCGGGCGGUGGCCAAGACAAGAGACUCUUACACUUCUUGAAAUCAGAUCGAGACUUGAUUCUAAGUUCAAAGAAGCUAAUCAGAAAGGUCCCUUAUGGGAUGAAGUUUCAAGGAUUAUGUCUGAGGAACAUGGAUACCAAAGGACUGGGAAGAAGUGUAGAGAGAAAUUUGAGAACUUGUAUAAGUAUUACAAGAAGACUAAAGAAGGAAAAGCUGGAAGACAAGAUGGUAAACAUUAUCGAUUUUUUCGACAACUUGAAGCUUUAUAUGGUGAAACAAGCAAUGUUAAUACAACCUCAGUAUCAGAAACACAUCAUGUCGAAAGUCAUUUUCCUUACAAUCCCGUUAACAACAGCAGCAACAACAACAAUAAUCACGAUCCUCAUAAUUUCCAUCAAUUAGCUCCUAAGCUAUCUGAUAGUCUUAGCCUCUCAAAUUCUUCUGAUUUCAAUACUACUUCAUCUGAUGAUAGUGAUGUCAACGAAAAUUCGAAAGAAAAGAGCAAGAAGAGAAGAGGGAAGAGGAGUUUAAAGGCUAAGAUAAAAGAUUUUAUUGAUGGACAAAUGAGGAAGUUAAUGGAAAAACAAGAAGCUUGGUUUGAGAAAAUGAUGAAGAUGAUUGAGAAUAAAGAAAAAGAAAGGAUUUUAAGAGAAGAAGAAUGGAGAAAUCAAGAGAAAAUUCGUAUCGAAAGAGAGCAUAAAUUUUGGGCUAAUGAGAGAGCAUGGAUUGAAGCUCGUGAUGCUACAUUAAUGGAUGCAUUGCACAAAUUAACAAGCAAAGAAUCAAAGAGUAGUAUAACUACUAAUCCAUCUUCUGAUCAAGAAACCGAAUUUCAGGGGUUAAAUGAGCAUCAAAAUGAUAAUGUGAAAGAUGAACAUUGGCCUGAAAGUGAGAUUACUAGGUUAAUACAACUUAGAACUAGCUUGGAAUCAAGAUUUCAACAAAUGGGGUUUUCAGGAGAUGAAGUUUUAUGGGAAGAAAUAGCUGCAAAAAUGGCUUGUUUGGGAUAUGAUAAAAGUGCUAUAGUUUGCAAAAAUAAAUGGGAUAGCAUAAAUGGCUACUUAAUGAAGUGCAACAAGAAAAGAAAAGAGAAUUCUACAAGUUCAUGUUAUAAUGUCCAAAUCAACAAUGAACAACAAGGGAGAUCAUAUUGUGAAGCAAGACAUGUAUCAAAUGAUCAAAAUGUGAUAAGUGAUGGUAGCUGUUUUAGGUACUUAAUGGGAGAUGCUGAUCAAAACUUAUGGGAGAAUUAUGAAUUGAAAUUAAGCAAGGGUGGUGAUAACUGAGUAUUAUGAGGAUUCAUACAACCGACCCCAACUCGUUUGGAAUUGAGACAUAGUUGUUGUUGUUGGUGGUGGUGGUGGUGGCGGCGGCAAUAACUAAGUAUUACGAGGAUUCAUACAGCCGACUCCAACUUGUUUGGGAUUGAGGCAUAGUUAUUGUUAUUGUUGACGAUAACUUAGUCCCAAGUAUAAGACAGUUUGUAAGUUAUUUUUCAAUUUCAGCACAAGAGAUGAUCAAAAGUAGGUUAAAAGAAGAGAAGAAUCAAAGAUGGUUGACAAGAAGUUUUUCUUGGGAGGUAAGUGGUUUGAUUUACUUGAGGUUGCUAACUGUAUUGUGGAACAUACAUUGAUUGAAGUUAACUUGUUCUAGCUAGGAGGUGUAUUUGGCUACCCAGAUUUAUUAUUUUCCAGAUGUUCUAUUGGUAUUUUUGCAUUCAAAGUGUUGGUUUGAUGUGAUUUUCUUCAUCUUCUUUUCUCUUCAA